AUGGAGCAAUUUUAAGAAUGUAAGGGUAUUUCAUUAUUGAAAAGGGAUUAAUUUAUGUAUUCUGAUUCAAAUUCUGAAUUAUUGAAUAAUUUUGAUCAAAUCAAGUAUCUUAAGUUUGAAGGUCAAUACGGACAAAAUAAUAGAAAAUCUGGAAAAUGGAAAACCAUAUGGCAUGGAGAAUUGCUUAAAGGAUUAGGCGGUUACUAUGAAAAUGGUUUAAAGAUAGGUUUAUGGAAUGAAUUAAUUCAGAAUUAUUAGAAGUAAAAUUGUUAUCUAGUAAAACUCUAGUCUAGCUUAAGUACAUGAAAAUGGAAAAUACUUAAAUGGUUAGAAAUAUGGAAUGUGGAAAUAUAUCUAUAAAAAUAGAAAUAUGUAAGAUAAAUUAUUAAUUAAUUAGUGGAGGAGGACUAUACAAUGAAUAAUUUAAAAAAAAUGGGAUAUGGAUAGAAUUGAGCAAGGGUUUUUGUGAUAUGUCUUAAGUAACAUAUAAAGGGGAAUAUCAAGAUGGUAAAAAAGUAGGCAUAUGGGAUAUUCUUUUUCUCCAAGAGUUGAUGUAAACUAUUAAAAAAAUAUAAUGCUAUAGAGGUGGCGGAUUAUAUGACAAUAAUGGCUCUAAGUCAGAGAAGUGGAUCGAAGUGAACGAAAGGUUUUCAGGCUAAUCGUAAAUUAUAUACAAAGGUCAAUACAAAAACGGUACGCCAGUGGGAAUAUGGGAAACUUGGAAUAAAAGAGAUUAUAUGAGGGAAUUCUAAAUGAUGUAAGAGUUAAAUAAAAUAAAGUAAAUUUAUUUAGAUGUGGCGGGUAAUAUGAUGAAGGAGGUGAAGGUAAAAAGANAUAUCUUAAAUUAUUAUUUAAAGAAAAGUAUAAUUCUAAUUAAUAUUUAUAAAAUAUGGAUUUUAAAAAAUAAUAUACAAGGAUUUGCUAAGAAUCAUUAAUUUAGAAAAAAGGCAUAAUAGAAAUCGAGAUUGAUUAAUAAGAUUAUAUUAACAACUAACUUGGGAAAACUUUAAUCCAAAUCAAAUAAAACUCAAAUAGAUAAAUAUAAUAUAUAAAAAAUGGAGCAAUUUUAAGAAUGUAAGGGUAUUUCAUUAUUGAAAAGGGAUUAAUUUAUGUAUUCUGAUUCAAAUUCUGAAUUAUUGAAUAAUUUUGAUCAAAUCAAGUAUCUUAAGUUUGAAGGUCAAUACGGACAAAAUAAUAGAAAAUCUGGAAAAUGGAAAACCAUAUGGCAUGGAGAAUUGCUUAAAGGAUUAGGCGGUUACUAUGAAAAUGGUUUAAAGAUAGGUUUAUGGAAUGAAUUAAUUCAGAAUUAUUAGAAGUAAAAUUGUUAUCUAGUAAAACUCUAGUCUAGCUUAAGUACAUGAAAAUGGAAAAUACUUAAAUGGUUAGAAAUAUGGAAUGUGGAAAUAUAUCUAUAAAAAUAGAAAUAUGUAAGAUAAAUUAUUAAUUAAUUAGUGGAGGAGGACUAUACAAUGAAUAAUUUAAAAAAAAUGGGAUAUGGAUAGAAUUGAGCAAGGGUUUUUGUGAUAUGUCUUAAGUAACAUAUAAAGGGGAAUAUCAAGAUGGUAAAAAAGUAGGCAUAUGGGAUAUUCUUUUUCUCCAAGAGUUGAUGUAAACUAUUAAAAAAAUAUAAUGCUAUAGAGGUGGCGGAUUAUAUGACAAUAAUGGCUCUAAGUCAGAGAAGUGGAUCGAAGUGAACGAAAGGUUUUCAGGCUAAUCGUAAAUUAUAUACAAAGGUCAAUACAAAAACGGUACGCCAGUGGGAAUAUGGGAAACUUGGAAUAAAAGAGAUUAUAUGAGGGAAUUCUAAAUGAUGUAAGAGUUAAAUAAAAUAAAGUAAAUUUAUUUAGAUGUGGCGGGUAAUAUGAUGAAGGAGGUGAAGGUAAAAAGAUUGGGAAAUGGAUUGAGUUUAAUGACGUGUUAAACGAGGAUUCAUUAGUCUCUUAUAGUGGCUAAUAUAAUAAUGGAAAUAAAGCUGGUAGAUGGGAUAUUUUUUUUGAAGAAGAAGAGAUGUAAAUAUGAAUAAGUCUACAUAUUUUAGCGGAGGGGGAUCAUAUGAUGAAGAUGGUAAAGGUGUUAAGCUUGGUAAGUGGAUAGAGAUUUGCGAUAAAUAUGAUAAAUAGACUCAAGUCUCUUAUAGUGGAAAAUAUAAAAAUGGAAAUAAAGCUGGUAGAUGGGAUAUUUUGUUUGAAGAAGAAGAGAUGUAAAUAUGAAUAAGUCUAUAUAUUUUAGCGGAGGGGGAUCAUAUGAUGAAGAUGGUAAAGGUGUUAAGCUUGGUUAGUGGAUUGAAUUAGGUGAUGAGUUUUGGAGCGAAUCGAAAUUAGUUUAUAAUGGCUCAUAUAAAAAUGGCAAUAAAAUAGGUCGAUGGAAUAUUGAGUAUGAAUAUGAAUAAAUGUAAAAUUUGAAGAAUAAUAUAAUUUUUAGUGGGGGUGGAUCAUAUGAUCAAGAAGGAGAAGGUUUGAAAGUUGGAAAGUGGAUUGAGUUAAGCGAUAGCUUUAACGGCUGUUCUGAAGUCACCUAUGUUGGUGAAUAUAAAAAUGGUAUUAAAGUAAGUAGAUGGGAUAUUGAAUAUAAGGGAAAAAAAAUGUAAAAAUUUAGAAUAUAAAUGGCUUAGUGGGGGUGGAUCUUAUGAUGAAAGAGGUGAAGGUAUUAAAAUUGGAAACUGGGUGGAAGUAAUUGAUGGAUUUAGUUUGGGUUCUGAAAUCACUUAUGAAGGCUAAUAUAAAAAUGGAAUCAAAGUUGGCAAAUGGGUAGAAAUGAACAUGAGAAAAGAUUAGUAACCUAAAGAAAAGAUUUAUGAAGAUUGA